GGUGAAAGGAGGGGUUAUCCGGAAAUUCUCUAGUAAUGCAGAUCAAGUGUGUACUUGACACACUGGAGCUGUAUUAUUGCUCAAAGAGAAUCUACUAAUCAAUAGGGGUAAAAACCACAACAUCGUAUCAUCUCAUCUCAUCAUAGGAUGUCUUCUCCUAUCUCCCUGUCUCGCUUCAUGGAUUCCCUACAUACAUUAUGAUUCAUCGACCAACCGCCGUUUACGCUGAUAGUCUUUUGAUGUAUUCCACCUCAGCAGCGCAUACCACAUCCAGGGGGCGGCGCAACACUCGCAUCGGCACCGAUGCGAAUAUGUCCGGCCACAUUAUCCAAAUUCUCCCUUGCUCCGCGACCGACACUUUGCAUCCGCCGCGCCGCGACGUCGGGGCAUACACAAGUAUUGUAACGGUACGUGCCGCGGUCUCUCAUUCUUUCUUCUUUAAUCAGAGGGUCAACAGAGGCUUGGAAGGCUGAGCAAUUUCUGCGCACUGUAUUGAAUCGAGGCUAUUGUGUACAGGGGAAGGAAGAUUAGAUGUGUAAGGCAAAGACACGUAUAUAGUAAACGAACCCAGGUCAAAAAGAAUACUGCGCAAAAAUACGAACCCGCGCCUCCCUUACAAACCAUAGAGAUUUAUUUCAUUACUCGGUAUCAAUAUGUAAUAUUGGGCUCCAAAUAUAUGUUAUUGAAUUUUUCGCCUUCAUUCGUUCGGUGCUUCUAUCUUCUAGCUAUUAUAUCAAUAUCAAUAUCAAUAUCAAGAUCA